AUGGAGGACGGUCGGGAACACAAUUCGCACGGCAGGGUUGACCUGACCCUUCUCAGCAAAGGCGGCACCGAGCACUACGUCCACCAGGUUGUAGUCUGCCCUCAAUCGCCAGUUCUCUUCGACACAUGUGCGGCGCUCAGAAAGGCAGACUGGGAGCCGACUACACUUGUCGCCAAAAUCAUCAACGCCAUAACAUUCUGGAACAACAAGGCACAGCACCACUCGAUCACCAUCGAGGGCGAGGAUGUCGCGGUGGCGGCCAUGGUGCACUUCUUCUACCACGGCAAUUACUAUCCGGACAAGUACGGCAAGGACGCGGCCGUGACGAUGAAAUUCGACAAGGAUCUCGAGUUUCACACGAGUGUCUUGAAGGUGGCGGAGGCAUACAAGGUCAAGGUGUUGGUGGAUUUGGCUCAGAAGUCGAUGAAGAAGGCAGGCGGCGGCGAGGAACCCCAUCAAGGCGAGCACGCGGAUUCCCAGGGACCUGCCGAAGGUGCUCAGGACCGUGUCGACAAGGCUCGUGGAAUUCGGGUGAUUUGA